AUGAUUCAAUUAAAGACCAUGAUGAACGUUAUCGACAAUUCCGGCGCCGCAGUCGCAGAAUGCAUCAAAGUCCUCAAGAUGAAGCGCGCCGCACGGAUAGGAGACCGCAUCAUCAUCGUCGUCCAAAAGCAACGCAACUUCGGACCCGAGUCAGGUCCCGGAGGGUCAGUGUCAGUGUCUGCGGCGAACAAAGUACGGAGAGGGGAUAUCAGACACGCGGUGGUGGUACGGACGAGGAAGAAGGUGCAGAGGAAAGACGGGAGUGUGGUCAGCUUUGAUGAUAAUGCGUGCGUGCUCAUCAACAAGGGUGGAGAGCCCAUUGGGUCGAGGUUGAACGGGGUUGUGGGUGCAGAGUUGAGGGAUAAGAAGUGGAGCAAGAUCCUCAGUCUGGCACCAAUGCACUUGUAA